AUGAAUAUUAAUUCAACUAUAAGCUCACUUAACGAGCCAGGAGAUAUCCAUAAAACGGUAUCGACGUAUAUACGCCGGCUGGAAAAAAUUACCAAACAUAUUCCUGGUCGUAUAAACUUAGAUGAAGUGUUUGUUACAAGAGACCAUAGAAAUUUUAUGACUGAAAUCGCAACGGUCGAUCCGGAUUUACUUGAUAGUACCGUUCGUCGAUUUACGGUAGAGAAUAAGUUGAAAGAAACAAUGCCGUCAAAAAAUAUUCCCGAGUUACGUGAAAUGUUUAUGGAAGAGUUAAUCAAGGUUUCUGUCAAUUUACCAGGACAUAGCGAUGAAGACGAGGAAUGGGAAUCUUCGCUAGGUCAAAACGAUGACACCUAUUUAGUUUCAUCCAUAUCAUCUUUAUCGAUGUCAUCAAAAUCAUCAAUUAAAGCACCAAAUCCAUCAUCAUUAUGGCCAAAAUUUGAAGAUCCUUGGGUAGUUACACGGAACCGCUUGUCAACAAAAAUGCCCGAAGAAUAUGAAAAGUAUGUUGAUGGUAUUGCAUUUUUGGACAGAUACGAGAUAGUACGAAUUUUGAAUCCAUUUGGCCCAAUUGAACCAACCGAUAAACUCUGGAACAAAAUCAAAAUAAAAUGUGGCGUGGAGAUCCAUGAAGUUCUUCAUGAAGAAUGUAAACAAUACUAUUUAAAUCGACACAACGUGAAUAUUUUCACUGAAAUGCCGAAGUUAAUAAAUAAAAAUCUUAUUCAUGUCUGGGCUCUGAGUUUAAAGGAAUUUCCUCCAGCUGGACCUAGAGCUCACGUAAUAUUUUCAGGAGACGUGGUGCUCAAAGAUCGUCAUCUAGUAUUAACAUUACACCCUCCAAAGAUCGGUACUUCCAAGAGAUAUUACCGAUUAUUCUCAUCCGAGAGAUUUCUUCAUCUAAAAGUUAAUAUGAACAUUAAUAGCUUGAACAAUAAACAAAAAUCAAAUUUGAAAAAUUUAUUGUUAUGCCCUUUAUCACUUGCUGGAAGAAAAUACGAGUUUUUAUAUGCGAAAUCGGAAACAUUAUAUUAUUUUGCAACAAGUGGAUCAGGCCUUAAAAAUAUGUCAAUUAGGGAAGUUAUCGAUUGUAACUUGCCACUAGAGCUUAAUAAAAAGAUGACCACUGCAAAGUUCUAUUCUCGGAUCUCUUUGGGAUUUUCUAAUUCUACUCCUACAAUUAUCUUCAAACCAAAUGAAAUUCGAUAUAACGUCGAAGAUAUCACAAUAGAGAAUCAUUGCUUCACUGAUGGAUGUGCCGCAAUCUCUUUGGUCGCUAUGAAGGAAGUUUCCGAAAUCUUGGGUUUGGAAGAAACCCCUUCCGCUAUUCAAGGCAGGAUUGGAGGGGCAAAAGGCAUUUGGUACAUUGAACCACGCAAGGACAACAGUGGCGAUAAAUGGAUUGAAUUACGAAGAUCACAAAUAAAGUAUAAUGUGAAUCAAAAUUCAGAUGUUGAUGACACUCAUUUACGUACUUUAGAAGUUUUGCGUGUCGUAGUUUCACCGAGAACUCCAGGUACACUUAACAGUCAAUUCAUUCGAGUUUUAUACAAUGGGGGUGUUCCUGUUGAAGUUUUCCUUAAAAUUAUGAAAGAUUUUCUCGAUAAUAUCAAAUCUGAAGUUGUAAAUUGUGACGAUCCUUACUCUUUAAUAUCUUGGGUGACUAAUGUCUCCAAGGUUAUGAAAAAGAGAUUAGAAGUUUUUAAUCAUUUCGAGGAUGAUUAUUCAGAUGAUGGAAGUAACUAUGGAGAAUCAUCCGUUGAUUUAGGAUUUGACGGAAGUGCUGUAUCAGGAUUUCCAAAUAGUCCAGCUGAACAAUGUAUCCAGAUGAUACAAGCAGGUUUCACCCCUUCCACGAGUCCAUUUUUAGCGAAAAAGUUAAAACUUGUACUCAUGAACGUAUUAAAGUCACUAUGUAAUAAGUUUCGAAUAGAACUUCCUUUAUCCCGCGUAUUAGUAUGUAUUGCCGAUCCAACAAGAACAUUGAAACCAGGAGAAGUCUUUAUUCAAUUGGAUAAAGAAUCAGGACGUGAUGAACGGACGGGAUUGCCAUUUGGAAUUAUUGAAGAUGAAGUUAUCCUAGCUAGAAAUCCAUCUAUUUUACCUUCUGAUCUUGUCAAAGUGAAAGCGGUUAAAAAUAUGCAUCUGAGUAUUUACUAUAACGUUGUCAUAUUUCCUGUAAAUGCUGAAAGAGGAGAUGUAUCAUUAGCUACCCACAUAAGUGGUGGAGAUUACGAUGGGGACAAAGUAAUAUAA